AUGGAGUUUCAGGAUUUCAUCACCUGGUUCUACAGACCGAAAAAGGAGGUCACCGCAUCAGUGUCUAUGGCUUGCUACUACCCUGACCUGGUCAGCUCCUGUGUAACACACACAGGCCUGAGGACAGCUUAUGCCACGAGGGGGCGACAUCGGAACACGCAGACCAGCAAGUUGACAUGGACACCCUCCUCUAAGGUCAAUGUGAAGGCCCAUGUCCCUGCUGACAAAGCCCAAGAUGAAGUGGGUGGUAGAAUGACAAUUUACACCAAUGGGUCCCUGCUGAUCCGUAAUCUAACUGUAGGAGACAAAGGGACCUACCUUAUACAAGUCAUUACAGAGAGUAGUGACCUGACAUAUGGAAAUGGAGAGCUCCGUUUAUACGAGCCAUUAACCAAACCCCACGUCACAACCAAUAACUCAAGCCCAAUGGAGCAGGACUCUGUGGUGUUGACGUGUGAACCUGAGAGUCCAGACACGACCUUCUGGUGGUUCAGCAAUACUUGGCCCAUCCAGUCCAGCACCAGGCUGCAGGUGUCCCCAAACAACAGGACUCUGACAGUGUUUCACAUCACAAGAAAAGACACAAGACCCUAUGAAAGUGAGACCUCAAACCCAGUGAGUGUCCAUCGCAGUAACCCUUUCAUCCUGACUGUGCUCUUUGCAAUCCUGAUGACGGGCAUUGGCCACAAGUCCUCUGACCAGCAGCAGGACUCGUGA